GAGACUGGAUUGCACAUGUGCGUAAAGGCUACAAGCAUGUCUGCUGAGAUAGGAAGUUGGUUCUUUAACUCAUCGUGACAGAUUAUCAGUGAAGGUCUCUGACACAUCUGUGGAUUGAUGGACUUCUCGGGAAGCUGAUUCGAGUUUCUCCAGUGCAGAGGCUGCCCCUUGUAUAAAUAUGGCUGGAUUUAUUGCAAAUCAGCACAGGUUGCUGCUUGUAUUGAACAGAAGAUUUCACGCACCUUUAUCAGCCUCCCAGGUUGCCUUUUACUACGUAACAGCUUCACACCUGAACCCAAAGGACAGCAAGGUCAGCCCUGUAGCGAGGGGGCGCUCCAGGGUCCAGCACAAGCCUGCAGAAGGGCAGGAGCAUGAGGGGUCAACUCAAAGAAAAGUGUUUAAAAGUGAGAUCUCACUGCUGCAGAAGCAGAUGAGGGGAGAUGACUUCAGAGUGUCACCUGAACUCAGGAAACUGUGCUUGGAAGAUUUCCGUGCAGAGAGGGAGAGGCAGGUGAAGCAGAAACCUGCACCUGAAGCCAAAUCUAAGGACUGCGAGGUUGUUUUUGGCGUUGCUCCCUGCUUCUUGGCUCUCACUCAGGGAAGGAGGAGGGUCCGUAAGCUGUUUGUAAAAGAUGGCGAGGCCUCUCACAGGGCGUCUGUGUUGAAGGUGUGCGAGGAGGCUCAUCUGCGAGGAGUUCGAGUCCAUCGGGUCAGCAGGAAGGAGCUGGACAAGAUGUCCAAUGGGGGAGUCCAUCAGGGAGUGUGCCUGCUUGCCAGUCCCCUGAGCUACCUCACCGAGGACUCUGCACCCAGCAGGAAAGAUGCUCCACUGUGGCUCGUUCUGGAGAGAAUCCACGACCCCAUGAACCUCGGCGCCAUCCUGCGCUCUGCUUAUUUCCUCGGGGUGGACAGAGUCGCCAGCAGUCUUCGCUACACCUGCCCGCUGUCUCCAGUGGUCAGCAAGGCGAGCUCGGGCAUUAUGGAGGUGAUGGGGGUGUAUGGAUAUGAAAACCUUGCAGAGAUGUUGAAGCUGAAGAUGGAGCAGGGCUGGCAGGUGGUUGGCACAGUGGGACAGGAAGCAGAAGUGUCGCAGAUGCCCAUCACCAAGUGUUCAGACUUUAAAAUGACCAAACCCACGUUGCUGCUGAUGGGAGGAGAAGGAGAAGGACUCUCCAAGGAGCUGCUCUCCACGUGUCAGACACUUCUCACCAUCCCAGCGGGCAGGGAGCUGGUGCCUGGCAUCGAGUCUCUCAACGUUUCUGUAGCCACAGGCAUCCUGCUGCACUCUUUGCUGUCCUCCAGGAGCUCGACCACAUGACAGCCACCUCAAAUAGCCUCCCAAAUGAAGAUGCAAGGUCACUGACAACACAACCAACCACAGGAAUAAAUAGUUCAGUGUAAUCUUGAGUACAAAUUCAUAGAAGACCAAACCAGAGCCCUCAUACUCUUCUCUGCUGUUGUGUCUAAAAACGACUAUUCCUGAAAACAGGACUGAGUAGCAUUUGCUGGAAACAAAAAACACAACCCACCUGUUUCAAGAAGUUACGUAGCCUUUAAAAUAAAUACACAUUAUUUAUUUAUUGCCUAUUUUCAAGAUUGAUGUUGUCAGUGGAAACCAACAAGUCUCUGCGUGA